CCGAGGUGGUAAUUCCCCGAUGUCUACCGAAUGUGCAUGCAGUAGGCCUCGAGAACUUAGAUACAGAAGCUUUCGCAAAAAAUUAUUCAGUGAGUAACUGAAAGUGUGAAAAUGGAUCUACUUGGUUCCAUUCUCGGUAGCAUGCAAAAGCCGCCAACGAUAAGCGAUGCAGAAAAGAAAAAAGCAAAGGAGCAAAAGGUUUUACUUGAGAAGCAACAAGAAAAAGAGAAGAAAAGUUUGCAAGAAUUUAGAGAAAAGAUACAAAAAAGAAUACAUGAUUUUAUCAAAGAUGGGACAAAACAGAAGAGCAAAUUUGAGCCAAUGGACAAAGGAUGGCGAUCCAUAGUUCAUGAAGUUGCUGAUGUUGCAGGGUUGACCUCCUUUUCCUUUGGUGUAGAAGAACAUGACAGAUAUGUCAUGGUUUGGAAGAAGGAGUUUGCUCCGACUGAUGACGAGAUAAAUACCCUGAGGGCCGGUAAAGAAUGGGAUCCAGAGAAAGCCAAAGAACUAGAAAAACAAAGGGAAUUAGAGAGACUGAGUGCUGAGGAAAAUCCAUCACAUCAGAAGAAAAUAAUCCCUAAUUCUAACUACAAAGAUAAGUACCGGCAUCUGAUUGGUGAUGAAGCGGCAAAGAAAGGCGCAAAACAGACGACAGCUAACAGAUCGUACGGAUUCGUGCCAAGUGAAAAUAAACGAGACCAUAGGACAAUAGAGGAAGUGUUAGCGGAAACCAGGGCCAAGAAAAAACUUAAAACGGAGGCCCAGAAAACUCCUGUCAGUGGUCCAGUUAACGAGGGCCAUAGCUCCCCCACUGUGAACUCUGGGGAUCAAUCGUCAGAAUCAACAGACAAUAAUUCUUCCAGUGUUUGACCCGUUACAAGAUACAACAUUAAUGCAAAAAAAAAAAUCCAUGUGUGAUGACAUUUACAAUGUUUUAAUUUUGUUUUCUGGACUGAGUUUUUAUUUUUCAAGCAUAUUCACUUUUUAUUUUUCAAGCAUAUUCACUUUUUAUUUUUCAAGCAUAUUCACUUUUUGUAAAUACAGUGGUCCUUCAGAUAUCCGGACGCUAGAUAUCCGGAUGCUUCAGUAUCCGGACGCUUUUUUAUCGGAACAGAAUUUUAAAAUGUUAUACUGUAUACAGGGUUAUUUUUGCCCCGUCUUAUUUUCGCCCUUUCACACCUACAAACAAUUUUGCCACGUUUUAAAUUCGCCCAGUCAUAGGUUUGUUUAUGAAAUUAUACUGUAUUCUUUGAAUUUGUCCCAUUUUAAAUUCGCCCAAAUGAGGGUUGGGCGAAAGGGGCGAAAAUUUCCCUGUAUACAGUAAUGUCUUGUUUAACUGGUGAUUCAGGUAUCCGGACGCUUCACAUAUCCGGACAAAUUUACUGGGAACCAAAGCGUCCGGAUAAAUGAGGCUCCACUGUACAUUGAAGAGAAAUUCUAUUUCUUCUCUGAUGAACUCAUUCAGGAAUACAUGUAUAUUCAUGUGCAGAACUACUUAUCAAACGUAUCAUAUAAGAGGAAUGCAUCCAUAACAUAUGAUUAGAAUGCAAAACAUAACUUGCAUUGACAAAUUUUGUUCAUGAAAACUGUAUACACUCUACAUAAGUCAAAGUGUACUCUCCUAUUAAGAAAAUUAUUAUAGCUACAUUUAUGUAUGCAAUUUGAAUUGUGUUGAAUACCAUGCCAUAUUGAAUAAAUGUCAAAUAAACUUAA